AUGGCAUCUAUUGCCGUCGUAAGCGCCUACGCAUUCGCAGCGGCCCUCAUUGCCAUCGUCUUGAAUGUCGCGCGCCAAUUGCUCUUUCGCAACGAGAAAGAGCCUCCUGUCGUCUUUCACUGGGUUCCUUUUCUGGGUAGCACAAUUAGUUAUGGGAUUGACCCCUAUGCGUUCUUCUUCUCCUGCAGACAGAAAUACGGCGACAUCUUUACGUUCGUGCUCCUCGGCAAAAAGACAACGGUAUACCUGGGUGUUCAAGGAAACGAGUUCAUCCUUAAUGCCAAACUCAAGGAUGUGAACGCGGAGGAGGUCUACAGUCCACUCACUACGCCGGUGUUCGGAUCCGACGUUGUCUACGACUGUCCCAAUUCCAAGCUGAUGGAACAAAAGAAGUUCAUCAAGUUUGGUCUCACACAGGCGGCCCUCGGAUCACACGUUCAGCUGAUUGAAAAAGAAACCCUCGACUACCUCAAGGAAUCUCCCCGGUUCAGAGGCGCGAGUGGAGUUAUUGAUGUCCCCGCUGCCAUGGCUGAGAUUACGAUUUAUACUGCCAGUCUCGCGUUGCAGGGCGAGGAGGUUCGCAGGAAGCUUACUGCAGAGUUCGCUGAGUUGUAUCACGACCUGGACAAGGGAUUCAGUCCGAUUAACUUUAUGCUUCCUUGGGCUCCGUUGCCACACAACCGAAAGCGCGAUGCUGCUCAUGCCCGGAUGAGGGAAAUCUACACGGAUAUUAUCAAGGAGCGGCGCAGGAAUCCGGACGAGGAAAAGUCGGACAUGAUCUGGAACCUGAUGCACUGCACUUACAAGACUGGACAGCCUGUUCCGGACAAGGAGAUCGCCCACAUGAUGAUCACGCUAUUGAUGGCCGGACAGCACUCGUCGUCUUCCAUUAGUUCCUGGACCAUGCUGCGGUUGGCCUCUGAGCCUCAGAUGCUUGAAGAGCUCUACCAAGAACAGCUGGCCAAUCUCAGCCAUAAGAAUGGGAACUUUGAGCCGCUGCAGUACGAGGACCUUGACAAGCUGCCACUCCUCCAGAAUGUGAUCAAGGAAACUUUGCGUCUGCACUCGUCUAUCCAUUCGAUUAUGCGCAAGGUGAAAAACCCGCUGCCUGUGCCCGGCACCUCAUUCAUCAUCCCCGAAAGCCAUGUGCUGCUCGCCUCCCCUGGUGUGACUGCCCUUAGUGAUGAGUACUUUCCAAACGCAAGUCGGUGGGAUCCCCAUCGUUGGGAGAACCAACAGCCCGACAAGGAGGAUGACAGCGAGAUGGUUGACUACGGAUAUGGCAGUGUGUCCAAGGGUACAGCUAGCCCCUAUCUGCCCUUCGGCGCUGGUCGCCAUCGCUGCAUCGGAGAGAAGUUCGCCUACGUCAACCUGGGAGUCAUCAUCGCGACCAUUGUGCGCCACAUGAAGCUGUUCAACGUGAAUGGUAGGAAAGGAGUGCCCGGAACAGAUUACUCGACUCUCUUUUCCGGUCCCAUGAAGCCCGCUGUGGUUGGCUGGGAGCGACGCUUCCCGGAGAGUUUCAAAGAGUAG